AGGAAAAAUCAGCGGGGGAAGUAUUACCCAAAACUCAAAAAAGAAAAAAAAAAUCAGUAUCCGAGGAGCUGAAUACAGCCGUGGAAACGAUAGAAAUGCAGAAAGAAAUGCAACCUCCACCUAGAAAGGUGAAGGAGACACAGGAGGUGAAGGUGGCCUUCUCAGAGCAGGUGACUCGGCUACAGAACAAGCACCAGCUGGAGAGUGAGCUACUGGAGGACAUCAGGUCCUACAGCAAACAGAGGGCAGCCAUUGAAAAAGACUAUGGUCAGGCCCUGCAAAGGCUGGCGGUGCAGUUCCAGAAGAAGGACUGGCACAGAGGGAAGGGAGACACUGUGAACUCUGGGAGUGUGUUUUCUGUCUGGAGGUCUCUGGUUGAAGCCACGGCGCAGAGCGGGUCAUCUCGUCUCAGCGCGGCAGAGGGUUAUCGCUCGCUCACCGCUGAGGCCUUGAAGAGCCUGCGGGCUGCCAAGGAGCAGCGGGCCAAGAGGGGUCUGGAGCAGCUGCAGCGGGUACAAGGGGAGCUGGUGGAUGCACUGCGGGAGCUCAACAAGGUGAAGAAGAGGUACUGCCAGCUGGGCCACAUCGCCAGUGUCGCCAGGGAGAAAGCUGCCGACGCCCAGGCUAAGUCCAAAAAGAGUGACCAUGGAAUUUUCCACUUCAGGACAGGUCUGCAGAAGAUGAGUGCUAAGCUCAACGCCCGACUGAAUGAGUGUGAUCAGCGGCUCACGGAGGUGCGCAACGAGUACCUGCUGACCCUGGCGGCCAUCAACUCUCACCACCAGCACUACCACUCUGCAGAACUGCCGGCCAUCAUGAGGAGCAUGGAUGGGGACCUCUAUGACCAGCUGCGAGAACAGUUCACCCUCCUGUGCCACACAGAGAUCGACACCUGCCAGUCGAUCCAGAGCGAGUUUGUCAGGAUCAGCAAAGUCUCCAGCCAGGUAACCCGGGAGCAGGACCUCCAGCUCUUCCUCCAGGAAUCACCGGCCUUCACACCAACAUCAGUGUUUCACUUCCAGAGGGCACCCAGUGACAAGGUGUGCAGCCUGCAGCAGGAUCGUGCCACCCCGGAGGGUGAGAGCUACCUGGACAAAGAGGCACGUAAGUGGGCGACCAAGGCUGCCAAAGACUACAAAAUCAUCACCCAUGGAGAGAGGGUCAUGCAGACUCUGGAGAGGCGCUGGAAGCUUCUGGGGGAGGACGCGGGCUCCGGCGUGGAGCAGAAGAUGGAGGAGGUGAAGGAGAGCGUGAGGAAGGCACAGAUAAGCCGGGUGAAGGCCGAAGCUAGGCUGGCCCUGCUGGCCUCCGUGGGGGUGGAUGUGGAGCCCUGGGUGAGCAGUGCCAUGAGCCAGGUGGAAGAGGAGCUGGAGAGGGAGAGGAGGCUGAGCGAAGCGCGGCUCUCCAACGGAGACAUCACCCCUCUGGAGGAUGAGUUUGAAUUCACGGACUUUGAGGAUUUCGAUGAGAACGGUGACAUUUUCACCGAGUCAACAUCUGGGCCCGGUCCGUGUGGAUACCCCUUGCCUUGUAGGGUCCUCUACAGUUACCAGGCUUGCCAAGCAGAUGAGCUGACUAUCAAAGAAGGGGAGGAGCUACAGGUUAUUGAGGACGGAGACAUGGAGGACUGGCUGAAGGCACGCAAUGCUACUGGGCAGGUAGGGUACGUGCCUGAGAGGUAUCUGCAAUUCCUGUCGUCAUCUGCAGAGGGCGCUGCUGCAUGCAGAGUGCCCGGGAGCCCUCAUCUGGACUGGUCUUUCAACAGCUCCGAGUCCUCAUCUGGACUCUCCAGCAGGGAGCAAGAAUCUUCACACACUAGAGGGACGGCGAGGGCGCUGUACCCAUACUGCGGGCAGAGCGCAGAGGAGCUGUCCUUCCCAGAAGGGGCGCUCAUACGCUUGCUGCGAUGCAGCCACGGGGACGUGGACGACGGCUUUUGGGAGGGGGAGGUGGACGGCCGCGUCGGUGUCUUCCCGUCUCUGGUGGUAGAGGUGCUCGCAGAGGGUGAGGAUGAGGAGGAAGACGAGGAAGAGUGCUUUCCCUCUCCGACACCCCCUCCCUUCUCCCCGCCCAUUCCCAUCGUGGGAACCCCGCUUGGUCAGCACUGCCCCUCGCCUUGUCCGGGGUCCUGGUCUGCACACAGCACGCCACCUAGAGACGGGGAGGACCGACUGCAGGUGGUGCCACAGGACAUGCUGAGAGUCUUUGACAGCAGAGGAGGCAGCUGCAGCAGUGCCCACAGCUCGCCAGACCUCUCAGGCAGGCGGAUCCGGCCGGCCCGGGCACCCCCACUCCCUCCAUUACACAGGUACUCCCCUGUGCCUUGAAGACCCUGUUUGGGGAGGUAACAUU